AUGUCGGCUUCGCCAGCGGAGGAAUCAGAUGCGUGGAAGGCCCAGGACAAGGGACCAACGAUUGUUAUCGUCUGCUGGGUCGUGACGGCCAUCAGCACAAGCUUCGUUAUUGGCCGUGUCUAUGUAAGAGGGAAAAUAAUGAAGAAGUUCCAAAGCGACGAUUGGUUCAUCGUCCUAGGACAGUUCUGCGGUUACAUCUCAACGGCCCUAUCUACAAUCGCGGUAACCUACGACGAUACGUCUGACCUGGUGAUCUGGACAGUCGUCGAGGGCAGCACCAUCAUCAUCGCAAGUUCGAUACCCGUCAUGCAGCCCCUUCUCGAGCUCAUCCUCCGACGCAAUCCUUUCAGCUCCGCCAAGGACUCCAAGCAAACACCUCAAUAUUACGAGGACUACAGCUCCCAUAGCAAGUCAAGAUCGCGCGGCGGAGGCGGCAUUGAACUUGGACAGCGCAAGCCAAAGGUCAAGCCAAAGGAUGAAUUGGGUCUUACUAUUGUCGAAGGCGACAGCCAGGAGAAUAUUCUCACGCCAACGUCCGACACGAACCAAGACAUGUUUGCUUCAUCGGAAGCUCCAACUCUGAUAUCUGUACAAAACGACGCUAACCAACGCCCCGCUGACGGAAAGAUUAUGCGGACCGACCUUGUGAGCAUCACGUAUGAGGAACAAGGACCGGCCCAUGACACUUCGGCCUCGAGCCGGUGGAAAGCUAUUUGA